GUGUUCGGCGUUCACGAUUUGGCGGUUGAAUUUGCCGUGCUGUGUACCGCGACGCUUGGACCUGGAUUUCUGAUGUAUUUUCGGCCUCACAUGCAUCGAUUGGGACGAUGGAAACGUGUGGAGUACAGUGUAUUUGCGUCUGUUAUGUUCACAUAUGGAUCCCUUUUCACUCUUGUUUUCAUCAAGGAUCUUUUGCCAAACACGUAA